CGCGUGUUGCGCGUGCACGCCGCUUUGUCUGGAACUUCGUUCACGUGAGCGCGCGAAGACGUCGUACCGCGCGCGCGCAGCCAACGCUCGAGCACACGACGAGUGACUCCAGCCUUAAAGCGUCCCGUCCUGAAUACUACACGGAGCUCGGAAGAAGAAGAAGAAGAAAAAAAAAAAAAAACUUCACAAAAACUUUUAAUUCUGUUCACGAUUAUUCUCUUCAGACGGAAUCGAAAUCUCAGCGGACACCUUCCAGCGGACGCGUUUUCGAGGCCGUUUUAACGCGAGUCGUGUGUUUUUACCGUGUGUUCGCGGCGGCUCUCAGGCGACUCGCUUUUUCACGCGAAAGUUCGGACUGCGAGCACAAACCGACUCUUUUACAAGCAGAUACUUUUAUCUUUUCCUCCAGUCGUUUUUUUAAUCUCGUACCAACUUUUAAAGCAGAAACUACAACUCCGUCGAGCCGCUAAAACUUUGUGUGCCUUCGCCGUGAGACCGCGCAUCUCCAUGUGGAAAUCCGACGCGGCUCCAGAAGUCACAUUGUAACCGAGGAGAACUUUGUAUUUUGUGCUCGGCUGCGUUUUCCUAAACCUUUUUGUCAGUUGGACACAACGAUGAAGGCGAUUGUUGCGCUUGCAGUUUGUUUAUCCGCACUGAUUUUGGUCUCCGCCAGUCCGAGUGAACAGAAGUCAAAGAACUGCAAUGAAGUCCGAACCGCUUACAGCUCCAAAGGCUUCAACAGUAACGACGUCCCCAACAAAGGAGUAUACGAAGCCGAUCUGAAGGUGUGCCCUCAAGGCUUCUCGUGCUGCACUCUGGAGAUGGAGGAGAAGCUGAGUCAGCAGAGCAGCUCGGAUCUGAAGGCCCCGAUCUCUCAGCUGAGCACCAACCUGCAGAGCACCUUCAUGCAGAGACACCAGCAUUUUGACCAGUUCUUCAAAGAGCUGCUAGACAAUGCAGAGAAGUCAUUGCAUGACAUGUUUAUACUCACCUACGGAGUCAUGUAUGUGAAGAACGCUGAGCUCUUUAAGCACUUUUUUCGUGACUUGCGGCUCUACUACACAUCGGGCAGCUCUGCCGUGCACCUCGAUAACAUGCUGUCCGAGUUCUGGGCUGAUCUACUUGAGCGGAUGUUCCGCCUGGUCAAUGCACAGUAUGAGUUCAGUGACACAUACAUGGAAUGUGUGAGUCGGCAUACGGAGGAGCUAAUGCCGUUCGGCGAUGUGCCACGCAAGCUGAGACUGCAGCUGAGCAGAGCCUUCAUUGCUUCCCGUACCUUCACCCUUGGCCUAGCUCUCAUACCUGAUGUGGUCAGCAAAGUCUCCACGGUGAGUGCCACCCCAAGUUGCGUGCGUGCUGCUAUGAAGAUGCUGUACUGCCCAUACUGCACAGGUCAAGUGGCUCUGAAGCCUUGUAAAAACUACUGUCUCAACGUGAUGCGUGGCUGCCUGGCCAACCAAGCUGACCUUGACACAGAGUGGAACAACUUUCUGGACGCCAUGCUGAUUCUGGGUGAAAGACUGGUGGGACCAUUUAACUUUGAGUCAGUAAUAGACCCCAUUGAUGUGAAGAUCUCUGAUGCAAUCAUGAACAUGCAGGAGAACAGCAUGCAAAUCACACAGAAGGUAUUCCAGGGUUGUGGGCAGCCAAGAUUAGGCCUCCGCUCCCGGCGUUCUACCAAAGACUCAGGAUUCCCUGGUCGCUUCCGACCAUACAGCCCAGAUUCCAGACCCACCACUGCAGCUGGCACCAACAUGGAUAGACUGGUGGCAGAUGUGAAGAAGAAGCUGAAGCAUGCCAAAAAGUUUUGGUCUACUUUACCAGAGACGGUCUGUGUUGGAGACAGGGUCACCCACGGGGACGAGUGCUGGAAUGGCACAGCCAAGAGCAGGUACGAGUCUGUGGUCUUGGGCAAUGGCUUAGCCAAUCAGGUCUCCAAUCCACAUGUGGAAGUGGACAUCACCAAGCCUGAUGUGGUGAUUCGCAAACAGAUUGCUGUGCUGAAGGAAAUGACCACAUGGCUGAAAGCAGCACUCAGUGGAAACGACAUCACAUUAGACACCGACGAUGGCAGUGGAGAGGGUAGUGGCAGUGGCUGUGAUUCAUCCUCCUGUGAUAACGACACGGAUAUGUAUUUCUCUACGCCAACGCCUAAGAAAACCCCUAUAGAUGUAAAAAAGGUUUCUUCCAGUGGUGUGCGGCUGGCACCGUACAGCCUGGUGCUGAGCCUUGCAGCUGCUGCUCUGAUCCUCCCGACCUUCCACAUCAGAUAAGAGCGCUUCAGAGGUGAAGGAUGAGCAUUAGUGCGGAGAAGAAACUGUCAGAGGGCUUUUUUUUUUUAAAAACAAAAAACAAAAAAACAAACCAAGAAAAGAGGAUGCCUUUAAGACUGUGGUCUGUCUGCCAUCUAGGAAAGACUCUCAAGUUAUUAAUACUCAAAUAACGUCACCCUAAUAUUUUUUUCUCCUUUUUAAUACAAAUGGACUCUCGUGUACAUGGGAUUCUGAAACAGAAACACCUCCUUUUCCUACCAUUUUCAGUUGGACUUUGCUUCCCAAAGUCAUUAUCAGUGUUUACAGUAGCACAUGGAUAUAUAUUCUUCCAAAAGGAGCUUUACAGGCUAAGCAUUGCUCUAUAUUUAGGUGUGUGUAUGUAUGUUUGUGUAUGUGUGCGAGAGUGAGUGUGAGAGCUGGGGUGAAAUGACUUUUUUGUUUGUUUGUUUGAGAGCGCCUUUCCUAAGAUAGCUUAUUAUUAAAUUCUUAUACCAUGUUUAGACUGAGUGAAGCAAAAUGUAGCAGGUAUACAAUCACCAGUUAGACACCUGUUAUGUGGGUAUGCUUCUGAUUGCUAGCUUGUGUGGCAGAGACGUUGGCAAGAACACCAAGCGUUUCAGUUUAUAAUGUUAAAAGAUGAGGGCCAAGCAAAAUGUGCUACAGAGUCCAAAUGACUAGCUCAUGCAGAUUCGAAGAGUCCUUUUUUAAAAAACAAAAACAAAAUCAGCUUCCUGUCAGGGAUGUCAUGUCUUAUAAGAAAAGUGUAUUGAAGUGAUUGGAAUGAAUGGAAAGUAUAUGAAUGGAGCUGAAACCUUUGGAAUGUUUUCUUUUCAUCUGAAUGCUGAUUGGCUCAUAACAGGCCUAUUAUGGCCACUGUACAAAAGGCGACCUGAUGAUGACCUGUUGUAAGUGAGGGCUGUGUGCACGGACGUGACUGUUCAGCUUUAUUCGUCUAGCUCUGGCACGCACACUGCAGCUGAUACAGCCUGACUGCACGGCAGCGGUUCUGUACACAGGUGCUUCACAAGGAAGGAAAUCACAUCCGCCCGGACAAACGCGUUCAUGUGAAUGAGAACGGUGUUCAAGACACGGAAGAGCAAUAAUGAAAUUAACACAGGGUUUAUAUUUGAUGGUUUUUAAUUUUGCUAGAAAUGUAUUCUACGUUGUAAAUCUAUGUAUUGGGUACUACAGCAAAUUUGCCUUUUCCAGAAUGACUGGAGCUGACUUGAGUGAGAUGGAGUGGUUUUCUGUAUGUGUGGAAAUGUUUUAUUUCUUUUCAUUUGUUCUGCAGACCUAUGAGAGUACCCUAUUUAUAUCCAUUCUUAUCACAUGAUAGUCGUCUCUGCAUUACCAUAGAAGCUAAUUUUCCCUAAAUCUGUAACCCUCGGUACGUUAUCUUAAUGUGUUUUUAUGUUGGGAGAAAAAGACGCCUCUCACAACGGUAGCAUACCUCUCACAUCUUGUGAGUUGUAGACUGUUCUUUAGCUCCACAGGCCAUUUGUACAUGUAGGUUUUCUUUUUGAUGACUGACAAGUACAGUGUUAUGUUAGAAAAUAGCAGGGGUUCUUGCAUUACCCCCUUCUAAAAUGAAUCCACCUUUCUCUCAGUGAACUGCUCCCUCCUUGCUCUUGUACAGUAAGUUAUUUAACUGCAUGUCUCUAAGUUCUUUUACAAACAUGAAAUAACGUCCUUAAAGUGCAGUAUUGGAAAAAAUAUAUAUAUUUAUAUCUGUAGAUGGUUGCAUUUUAACAGUUUCCUAAAUUACCUGAAUCUGUACUGGCUUCAAAUUUCAUGUAAUGUAAAGCUUAUUGUUUAUCCACCAGCUUACCUUUGUCAUUCCUUUUUUUUUUUUUUUUUCAACCUCUAAUAGUUAAUUAAGGAUGUUUAUAAAUGCUCUGAAGAGUUAAGGAUAGCCUUGAACAUGAGCUCAUGAGUGUCUUAGUGUCAUAUGCACUUUUUAAAAUUGCUAUUCAAAUUGCCAACACUUGAAGUGUUAGCAGGAAUCUCUUCGGUGUCUGUUGAUUGGAGGUCACUCACAGGCCCUUAACAGAGCGUUGUGGUUUUUUUUUUUUUUUGGAUGGUUCUUUUGAGUUCAUUUUUAUUUAGAUGGAGGAAAAUCAAGUUUUCUGAUUGACUUAACAUAUGUUAAGUAAUGAAUCCUUAAAGGUUGUUGCGCAUUCAUAAAUUCUCCACAACAAACCUUCCCUCUGUUGCACACAAAGAAGGAACAGCCAUUUAAGUCCUUCCAUGUUGAGGUGAGUUGAACAGUUUGACUGGAACGACCGCCUUUUCUGAUCCAACAGUCCUUAGCAGGAAUACCGAACAAAGUUUGUGUAGUCGUUCCCUCCGAACAAUGGAACAGCACCACCUUUGAAACGGAGUUACUAGAGACUUGACUAUACAGAGAAAGAAUCAUGUAAAUAUGCAGCAGUCGGUCUCUGAGAGAGGUUAUAACAGUACAAGUCUUAUUCUUUCAGAGGAUAGACUUAACAUGGGGAAGGGGGGAACAUGCUAAAAAAAUGUAAGAGAGAAGAUGUAUUAAACGCAUCAAAGUCUUGCAAAAAUAAAAAGACUGCAGAUAUUUAAA